CCAGGAAACUCGUGAUUUCAUUCGUAUUGAUAUUUAAAAGAAAAAAAUAUUGUUUAUGACCUAUCCAGCGGUGACAACUGCGUAUAUCUCUGUUUUGCUAGAUUUCUAAAAACAAAGUUAUUCUUUAGUUAAAUAUUGUCAAAAUGGAGUAUGAUAUGAAUGUCAGUCGAAUGACUCUGCAGAAUUAUUUGCAAGAAUGCAGAGACAUAUCAAACCCACUGCAAGUGGUUCAGCUUGGAAAAGAUGAUAAAGAUUGCUUGGAUAUUAUACCUGAUGCAUCUGCUGCUUUUCUUGGUCCUAACUUAUGGGAUGAAUCUAAGGUAGAUUACAUUGAUCUUGAUUCAUUUUUAGAGCCAUGUUCAGAUGAUAGACCAAUAUAUCAGAACAACUUGCAACAAAAUUUGAAAGAUCACAUGACACCAAACAUGACCUUGCCUACUCCUGACUCAUCUCAUCAAGGAUCUACUACUAGUGCAACCAUGAAAACUUCAUCCCUGCAAUCCAUGCAAGAUUUUUCGGAUGAAGAAGCUAGUAGCUCUGUUGAAGUUAAGUUUUCACCUUCUGAUUUGGCCUUAGCUACACCCCCUGGCCACAAGCACUACGAUCCAACUUCUGCUGUAUUUCCUGAAGACGAUUUGAAACCACAGCCUAUUGUUAAAAAGUCCCGAAAGAAUUUUGUUCCAGAUAAUUUGAAAGAUGAGAAGUAUUGGGCUCGGAGACAUAAGAACAAUAUUGCUGCAAAACGUUCACGUGAAGCACGACGUGUCAAGGAAAAUCAGAUUGUUCUGAGGGCUUCUUAUUUGGAGAAAGAAAAUACCUCAUUAAAAGAAGAUGUUAUGCGUCUUAAGGCUGAAAAUGAUAUGUUAAAAAACAAAUUGAAGAAGUUUCAGUCAUGAAGAUGACAAUUACCAUUGCAUGCCAUACAUAAGAGCAUUUUUUGUUUAAAUUCUGUUUCUAUAAAAGUGUUUACUGAAAAGCAUAUUAUUUAUGCUUUUCAAUUACUUUCAUUAUUUUAGAAAUGUAUAAAGUGCUAGAUAAAGCUGUUAUUUUUAACGCAUAGUUUUAUUAUUGAUUAAUUGUCAAAUUUUGUUAUACAUCUAAGUAGUUUAAUUAAAUUGUUUUGUUUGUUCAUUUUUCGAUAGUGAGUAAAUGUUAUCUUUUUGGUUUGUUAGCUUGCUGAUUAGUGCAAUUUUGGUUUAACAUCAGCAUUUAAAAUAUUGUUUCAUGUAGAUAUUUUUACAUUUUAUUUCACUGUUUUAUCUCAUUACAUAUUUUUAUUUUGGAAUCUUUUUCACCGUGAAUUAUGUUAUGUUUAAGUUUAUGUUACAAUUUGAACAAUUUAAUGUGAAGUAGCUAGUACCAAGGUGUGAUUUUUAUAAGAAGAGAAGAGUUGAGUGAUGUAGUUGAUAUCAUGAUUGGCACAGUAGGCCUAUGGUCUGUAGUGCCACUGAGUUAAGUUUAGUUGAUAUCAUAACUUGUCUUUCUCUUUUAUGGUGAGAUAUUUUUUAAAACAUUUAUACAGGUAUAAACUAAAAGAUAAAUCUGUUAUUGUUGUAAAUUUUGGCCAUUUUUUGAGAAGAAGAGUUAGUUUGAAAAAUAUGUAGCUUUCUUAGAAGUUUUAUGUUUAAAUAUUGAUUUAUUUUUUUAUGAUUACUAUGUAUUAUCCUCUUUUUACAGUGUGCAGUGGUGCUAUUAUUCUGACAUUAUACAAGAGAUCUAUUAUUUUAAAUAUUGAAUUUGUCACAAAAAAUAUGUGAUUUAGUUUUUUAAAGAGUUUUAUUAACAAUUGCUGUAUUGAAUAUAGUAACAAUGACAUAUCAAUAACUUGAAAUAUGUAUUUGUAUAUAUAUUUGAAGAUAUGUCAAAGUAGGUUUUGUAUAUAGCAGUAAAUGCAGUUAACUUUUGCCUUCUCCUUUCUUUAUCUCUUUGGUGCAUUGUCCUCUUCACUACUGGAAGAGGAUUAUAGUAAACAAAUAUUUUACAGUUUCAAAUUUUUAUUUUACUGUCAUAAGAUAAACAAAAUAUGAAUUGUACUGCCAGGGGCUACUAAUUUUAGUAACACAUACGUUGACCUCAGGUUUUAACUUUAAGUAAAAGAAUAUAAAUAUUUCAAAUGUUAAAUUGCACCUCUAUUGUAGGAACAGACAUGCAUAUUGUUAUAUUAUGGUAUGUUAUAUACAAUACAAUUCAUUUAAAUACAAGGAAUAAAUUUAAUGAUUAUUUAGAAAAAUAAAUGCAUUUUAAAAAAUACAAAGUUUUAUCUGAAUACUAUCUAAUACUACAUUAAUUCUCAGUAUCAAAACUAUUUUAAUUAUGCAAACCAUGCAAAAUAAAUUAUUGAAAAGAAUCUUAACAUUAAUUAUAAAAUAAAUAUUUUAUAAUCCUAAUCCUAAAAAAAAUUUUAUCGCCAAGAAAAAAAAGUUGAAAUUUUUGCAUGUUCCAAUAUAAAACUAAUAAUUAAAAUACAUAUAAAAGCAUUACUAAAUAGACAUAAAAUUGAAUACUCAUAAUACUGUGAGAUUUCAUUUGACUGCUAUGCUGUCAUUAUUUUCGCUAUACACAUAUGUGGACCUGCAUGUUCUUGACGGCAUUAUUUUUAAAUAUUAAGUAAAUUAAAAUUUUCAAGUUUCAUGCUGAUCACACAUUUACCAAGUUAAAAAAAAAAAAAUUUAGAAUAACUAAAUUAUACAAUAUUUAAAAUUAAGUUUUUGGGCUCAUUAGUGUAAGUGUCAUUUUUCGAAUAUCACUUCUGUUUAUGUUAAAUUCUAUCUAAAUGACUUGUAUGUUCUGCAUCUAUUAGAAACCCUUGAACGCUAAAUGUCCAAAAAUGUUUUAAGUGAGAGUAAACCAAUAAAUUUUUCUUUUGCCAUGUUUUUAGAAGCUAAGAAGUGAAAGUCCAUAUAUGUGGACUGAAGUAAUGAAGAGGCUUUUGAUUUUCUGUUACUUUCAUCUUAAACAUAGUAAGUGAAAAGUGAAAAAAUUUUCUGGAGGCAAUAUGCGUGUUCUGUUAAGUAAUGAGGUUGGUUAAGUUUAAAUUUUAUACCUUGAAAAUUUUUAGCCAGCGUUAAUUUUAUAAUAUUUUAUUAAGUUUUAAACCUGAAUUUGAUAGUGCUCUUAAAUCUGUGAAUAUUUUAUUUGGUUUUUUGUUGUAAAUAAGCUUAACAUAUACAAUCAAUGUGUUUAAAUUCAAAUUAAUAAGAUUUAUUUCAAUUGCAUGUUUUUUCAUGAUUUGAGGUAAAGAUAAAUUUAAAGUUAUGAAAUUUUUUAAAUAUGUUAUUGAUUUAUUACUCAAAAUUUAUAUUUUUUAUUAGAGUUAUUUUUUAUUUUAAAAAAAGAUUAAAGAUGAAAUAUUUUUAAGUUCAAAAUUAACCUAAAAAGGAAUGCAUGCAUAGUAAUUUUUGUUUUAACAUGUUGACAGUUUUACUUAAAAUUGCUAGUGUUACAUUUGAAGGCUUUUUACUUGGGCAUAUUGGUCUCAAUGAUCUGUUAAGAAAGUAUAGCAGUUGUCUGCUUUUUGAUAUUUAAGAUGAUAAAUCUUUUUUGUUACUAUUCUAAAUAAAUAAGUUUGUUUAUUGGAAGUUCGUGUUAGUAUAUUCGAAAAGUUUCAUUGUUUCUUAGGGUUAGCUUUUUNUUUUUUUUUUUUUUGAUUACUGUUAUGGUAUGUUGAUUUUCUUAUUUUAGUUUGACAAAAGAAUUUUUUUAGUGCAUUAUGUUUUCAAAUGUUAGAAUUGCGUGCUAGGUUUUAAAACCUAGAGUUUAAUUGUAUUAACUUUGCUUAAUUAUAGCAUUUGUUUUACUGACUAAAUAUUUUAAAAGCAGAUUUUAAUCUUUAAAAUCAUCUAAUUCUCCUUAUAAAUAUUUUGUAUGAAACAAGUUAGAGUUUUAACUAUGUUGAAAAGUAUUUUAAAGGUGUUGUACUCUAAUCUGUUGUACUAUUUGUUGUGUACUUUAAAUUUUAAUGUCGAUUUUGAUAUUUAGAUGAAAUGUUAGUCACCUAUUAUCGAACAUGUAGAUGAUAAAUCUUUUUUGUUAUUACUCUAAAUAAGUUUAUUACAUGUUCAUGUUAGUAUAUUCGAAAAGUUUCAAUGUUUCUUAGGGUUACCUUUUUUUUUUUAAACUACUGUUAUGGUAUGUUGAUUUUCAUAUUUUAGUUUGACAAUAGAAUUUUUGUAGUGCAUAAUGUUUUCAAAUGUUAGAAUUGCAUGCUAGUUUUUAAAACCUAGAUUUUAAUUGUAUAAACUUUGCUUAAUUAUAGCAUUUGUUUUACUGACUAAAUAUAUUUUAAAAGCAGAUUUUAAGCUUUAAAAUCAUCUAAGUCUCCUUAUAAAUAUUUUGUAUGAUACAAGUUAGAGUUUUAACUAUAUUGAAAAGUAUUUUAAAGGUGUUGUACUUUAAACUGUUGUCUCUGUUGUACUAUUUGUUGUGUACUCUAAAUUUUAAUGUUGAUUUUGAUAUUUGGAUGAAAUGUUUGUCACCUAUUAUCAAACGUGUUAAUUGUGGUAAAUUUCAUAAAUUUUGUGAUGUGUUAAAGAGUACAAAACAUCUGUUUUCUACUAUGCAAUUAAAAUUUUAAAAGUUUA